AUGUCAGCUUUUGGUUGCUGGUCGAGUCGCGAGUUCACACGCGUGAAUGUCCUGCUGGCAAUCACGCAGAGAGCAGUCCACGACGACACGACUUCAACGACAUGGAGCACCGAGGAGACGCCGACCAACUUAAUGGUGAAGGUCACCGUGUUGCUCAUGCUAUUUCGCUGCAAGACCGACCUGAACAACUCAACCAAAAACGACGACGGCGUUCUCCUGCUCCUGACUCACGGUAUGUCGCUGAGUCAGUAG